CACGAGUUCAUCGACUGAUUAGUUACUACACUACAUAACAGCCUCUCGUUUCUUCUACUUUUCUCUUUAGAGGAGCCGAGGCAGCCAUGGAAGCUCUUACAAUUUCCUCCUCUGUUCUAUCGCUUAACUUCCCUGCUGCUUCCCCCGGCGACACACACAUAUCCAAACCCAAGUCGCCAAAUUUCCGGUGUUUUCCGGAACCCAUUUCAUCUUUCCGGGGACGGCUUACCCACAUAUCAAAAUCCAAGCUUUUUCCUUCCAACGCCAUAUCCUCACCAUCGCCGCCGUCCUCUGUUUCAGCGGAACCGUCCCCGCCGGAAAUUGAAGAAGAAGUCUCCGUCGGCGAGGAGAAGUUCGAUUGGUACGCGCAAUGGUACCCAGUGAUGCCGUUGUGUGAUCUGGACAAAAGGGUCCCACAUGCGAAGAAGGUAUUGGGGAUUGAUGUGGUGGUGUGGUGGGACAGGAACGAGAAUGCAUGGAAGGUGUUCGACGAUAUGUGUCCGCACCGCCUGGCUCCGCUCUCCGAAGGAAGGAUUGACCAAUCGGGAAGACUGCAAUGCGUUUAUCACGGUUGGUGUUUCGAUGGCUCCGGCAACUGCAAGCUCAUCCCUCAAGCUCCUCUCGAUGGCCCUCCUGUUCACACAAACAAAAGGGCAUGCGUUGCAGCUUAUCCAACGAUAGUGCAUCAUGACAUAGUGUGGUUUUGGCCCAACUCUGAUCCUCAAUACAAAGACAUCUUUGAGAAGAAGAAACCUCCAUUCAUUCCCGAGUUGGAUGAUCCAUCGUUCACUAAGCUGAUGGGGAACCGAGAUAUUGCUUACGGGUAUGAUGUAUUGGUUGAGAACCUUAUGGAUCCAGCUCAUGUUCCCUAUGCGCAUUAUGGUCUGAUGCAAACAAGGAAGCCAGAUGUAAAGAGAGACAGAGAAGGUGGGAGACCACUUGAUUUUGUAGUGAAGAAGCUAGACAUGGAUGGAUUCUAUGGAAAAUUGGAUAUGGGCAUCGGUCAAUUCACUGCACCAUGCAUCUUCUCGCUCCGUACAGAUCCUACACCCUCGGAAGAUCAAGUUAAUGGUCCUGUGGCAUCAGCUUCCGAGACCAAGAAGCCAUCAACCCAGCGCAGAAUGGCACUGGUGUUCAUUUGUAUCCCAGUUAGUCCGGGUUAUAGCAGAUUAAUAUGGGCCUUCCCGAGAAACUUUGGAGUUUGGCUUGACAAAAUUAUUCCGAGAUGGAUGUUCCAUGUUCCGCAAAACCUGAUUCUGGAUUCAGAUUUGUACCUUCUUCAUGUCGAGGAGCGCAAAAUUAAGGAAUUCGGCCCUACCAAUUGGCAGAAGGUGUGCUUCGUGCCUACUAAGUCCGACGCCCUUGUGGUUGGCUUCAGAAGAUGGUUCAACAAAUAUGCCGGUGGUGAAGUUGACUGGAGAGGCAAGUAUUCUGGCGAUCUUCCCCCAACACCCCCAAGAGAACAGCUUCUGGACAGGUACUGGACUCAUACAGUAAACUGCCAAAGUUGCAGUAGGGCACACAAGAGCCUCAAUGCCCUUGAGACCAUCCUUCAACUGGUAGCUGUUGGAUUAGUCGGCAUAGUUGCAGCAACCAUGCAAGGUGCGAUGUCAGCAGCUGCAAGAACUGGGCUGGCAAUAUUGGCAACAGCAUGCUUUGCAGCUUCGAGAUUGUUGGCUCAUUUCGUUCAUAAGAACUUCCGUUACCAUGACUACAAUCACGCUUUUGUUUGAGGCAGCGAUGGAAUGGAAGCUUCACCGAGAAGCCUUUGCUGCGAUGCGAAGCUGCUCUUAGCGCAGGGGAGAAGGUUUGAUAAACGUCUGCUGGUAGUUUUGUAUAGAUAUAAGAUAGCAGUUGUCUACAAAAGUGUAUCUUGUCAAGUGAAUCAACAUAUCAAAUACAGUAGCAACCUUGGUCAGCAGCCAACUCUUCGCCUGGAAUCGGGAGUUGUCGAGCUCAUUGUAACGAUUAAAGAAUACAGUUCAGAUUCCAGACCGUUAAAAGUUAAUCUACCCAUUGAUCCUGGGAGUCAGAGCUGUAAAUUACCAGUUGCUCUCAUCACUGCUAAUCUACGUUCUUAAUAUUAAUGCAUUGUGAUGAUGAAGUGGCCUUAGCUCCCAAUGUAUUGUUGAAGACUAUGUUCUUUGACGAUGUUUGACGAUUUUAGCAGCCAUCGACACAAUGGAGAACGGGCUUGGUUUUCAUGUGUAUCCCAGUUAGCCCAUAUCACAGUAGAGUCUACACAUAAUAUAAUACACCGAAGGGAAAAACGGGAGCCCCAUUUCAAAUUUCCUGCAACGAGAGUGAAAGUAGGAAGGACAUUUUGGUCUUCACACUUACUUUUUUUAAUUCAUUAAAAAAACACAUAGUGGGAUUCGAACCAUGACCAUUUUAAGGAAAAGUAAGAAUCAUAACCAAUCACACUAAGUACAUUUGUUGCAUCCUUUUAAAUUAAAAAGAUAUAAUAGCAGAGAGGAAAAAACCCUUCCCCCAUUUCAAAUUUCCUGCUCCAGGAGCGUUUGUAGGAAUGAUAGAAUAGGGAGUGUCAAUUUUUUCCUCUUUCCUCUGUGGAACGGGCCAACUUACCGUACACAUGUGGAUUUAAACGGGUUCAAGAGUGUCAAUUUUUUCAUUAAGCCCUUUUAUUUCUCCGUGGUGAUAAAAUAUAUAUGAAGAGACAAAAACAAUACUUCUUUUUAUUGCUAAAAAUAAAAAAUUUAACAAUAAACUAAUGCAUGGUAUCUAAUGGGCUAACCGCUAACCAUAAAAUAAAAGAGUUGAGUUGGUUUGACCUACACGGGAUUUGGCCAUCAAGUAAAACAAAUGAACAUCAUUGGUUUGACAUUCUAAAACAAGCUAUUUUCUCUGGCAUAAUAUAUUAUGCUAUUAUUUUAUAUCUUAGUGGCUAAAAUAUAAUGUAUUUUAAAGUUAUUCAAUGGUUCAACCUCGACCAACCCAAUUAGUCCAAUUUUUAUCAUUUCAAAUAUAUAUUAUAUAAUUAUUUGAAAUCAUAAUGAUCAAAUCAUAGUGUAUUUUAUAGGGAAUCGUUUGGUAUUUGUUAGUAAAAAACUAAACAGAAAGAUCUAUUUGGUUAUUUUAAACAUUAAAACGAUCCUAACAUUUUCAAUUCCUUUUGAAUUUCUAUGGUUUUAUUCCCGAAUAAGUGAUGUGCAAAUGGCAGUCAUCUCUUUUCUUUCACUAUUUUUUAUUUUCAAAUAAAAAGUUUAAAAGUAAAGAAUAAUCAGAAUUUGGCAUGGGUCGGUCAAACAGGCUGCAUUUCAAGUUUUGGCCCCUUUUGAUCAAGUCUAAUUUAUAAUCACAUGGUUCCCUGAUACCCGAUAAAAAUCUCAAUCCAAACCAGUUUGGCAGGUGAGUCCGUGUUUACCACCAUUUUCUAGGGAUACGACAACGACGGUUCCUAUCCCAAAUCGUGUUGUUCGUUCUUUAUUUCCUUAGAUUUUAUCAUAGCCUGAAAAAAACCAGAAAGCAAAUGAAGACAAGAUGAAAGUUUUAUAAACCAAAUUAAUCGGCCAACGGGCCGAGUAAAAGCUAGCAACGAUUGUGAGAUGCUCAUUUCCCGAAAACCGACGGGAUAGGCGAUUUUUUAUUCAAUUUUCUGGAAUUCAGUUUCUAUAAAACUUACUCCACCUCAUCAUAUUACCAGAAACAAUAUUGUUUCACAAGGUAACAGGUACUUGAUUUUGGUUCAUAAGGCCGAUUUUUGAUUUGUUGCAUCAUUAAUGUCUCUUUCCUGCUAAAAUUCACUAUUUUUAUCACGUGUUUCCCAAAAAAACUAUACAACAAUAAGUUAUACACCCCAUUACAUUAUCAAAUUUCAUACCUCACCUUCCUCUAGGGAUGAAAACAAAAUCCGAACCCACGGGUACCCACCCUACCCAACUCGGUCAACGCGGGUAAAAUCCGUGUUGACGGGUUUUGGGCCGGGUUUGGGUUUAAACCCGUUCAAUAUUCAUCGGGUUGGGUUGGGUUUGGGUUUAGGUAAACCCGACCCAUGGGUACCCACCCACACCCAUAUAAUUAAUUUUCUCGAUAUAUUUAAUAUUCUAAACAACUUAUCUUAUUUAUGUUUGUGGAGACAUGUCUAAUUUUUUCUUUCUAAUUGUGUAGAAUGAACUUGAUGUUAUCGAGUGGAGAGUGAAGAAACUUAAUUGAAAGGAAGAAGCUUUCAGUUAAUCAUGUUAUUUAUGGAUAAUUUGUUAUUUGCUUGAAUUUUCUAGAAUGGUAUUUUAUAUAUGGAUAAUUUGUAUUGAGAGAUUGAUAUUUGACUUUAAUUUUGAUAGCAACUUGUUAUUGUAAAUUUUUUAAGACAAAAACCUGUGGGUACCCAUGAACCCGCGGAUACCCAGGGGGUUGAGUUGGGUUUGAGUUUUUCAAACCCAGUGGAUUUUACCCCGAAUUUUUUUCACGGAUAAACCCAUGAAUUUGGAUUUGAAUUUGGCAAAACCCGACCCAUUGCCAUCCUACCUUCCUCCGGCCAACUGGCCGGGGCCCACACUAGUAGAUUAAUAUGGGCCUUCCAAGAAACUUUGGAGCCUGGCUUGACAAAAAUGUUUCAACAUGGACAACGGCAGAUCCAGGACAUAUAGAGCACUCGACCACUUUUCAUUAAAAAAAAUUAAAUAUAGUAAAAAAAUGUAUAAUGAUCGUAAUUUUCUUUAUAAUGUCAAUUAUACAUGACGUUCUUUUAGUUUAGCAAAUUCAUCGAUAAUGAAGUUUUCAUCCAUACCAAUAGCACAUUCUCUUUCAAAUAAAAUAGUUAAGUAAUCAACGAGGAAUUCAUUGCUCAUUUUGUUGCGCAAAUCAAUUUUCACAUGUUUAAUUGUUUAAAAGUUUCUCUCUGUAAUAGCCGUUAAAACGGGCAACGCCAACUCGAUGAAUCAACCGACUAAUGAAUUUGUAUUUUGUGUCCAUUCCUAUUUCCACCAGCUUCUCUAGUAGUUUUGCCAAGCGCACAAAUCUCAUAUUUCUUUUAGAGUUUUAGAUUUCAUUGUUGUUUUUUCAAAAAUGAAUUAUUGGGGAUAGAAUUUCUAAACUGAAUUUAGAGUAGCGAGUUGAAUACGUUCAUCUUAACUAUUUUCUUAGUUACACGCAGUUUUAUUGUGUCACGCCCCUCUCAUUCUCAUUCUCAUUCUCAUUCUCAUGCUUCAUAUCACCAUCACCUCCCAAAUUUCCAAGGCAAUUGCCAAACCCCCCAACAUUAAUUUGAUGGUGUCAUUUAACAGAACCUAGUGGGCAACAGUCCAACGAGGGAGCAAGUUCCCACGUUUCCCCUCAUACAUGUGUUAAUUGCUCCAUUUCCCUAGGAUACACGUAGCUCAUAUUUUGUCGGGUUAGGGGUUAUAUAAAUGAGGGUAUAGAUUCGUUGUACUAGAGGGAGAGGCAAGAGUUAGACAUUUGUUUAUAUAUUUUAGUUGCAUCGAGAGAGUAAGAGUAGUGAGGGGAUCAUGGUUAGUUGAUAUCCUAUUAAACGUGUCUAAAUGACUAUGCUUAAAGGAGAGGAGCACCUCGGAGCUCAUCUAGAUCGAGGCUUAUAGAGGAGCCAAGAAACUGUGAGUAAAUCUUAACCUAAUGCUUAUAUUAUUACGAUUAUAGUAUUCGGGUCAUGAAGUGACUCGAGUAUAGGGUAAGUUAGUAUUGUUUGAUUCGUGUGAUAUCAUAGCGUUGUUUGUAUGAAAAUGGAUGAUGACUUGUAUGUGUGCAUACUUACUUGAAUGAUCAUGUUGGUAUGUGAUAUGUAUUGUAUGAUAUAUUGCAUGAUGGUUUUUGGUAUGAUAUAUGGGCUAUGGCGAUGUGAUAUAAAAUGAGAUAUCGGGUACAUGAAACAGGGAGUAACAUUUGAGGUGCUAAAGUGAAAUGAUAGGCAAGAUACCUUGCCUAGAACGAAAGUGCAUGAUUAGAAUAUGGGAAUGGCCUAUAAGGCAUAUGAAUGAGAAAUAGCAGAAGAUGGUUAAAAGUAUACUAUCUGUAUAUGAAAGGGAAAUUGAUUGACCUAAACCAAACAUAAUGCUUGCCUUGUUGUACACUCAACACAAGAUAUGGGAAAAGGGAGAACAUGGUAUGAUGACACCGGACGGUGAUUCAUUCCGCGGUGGUAUGUGAUAUGAUGAGACUGGACUGGGUACGUCCCGCAGUGGUAUAAUGGCACCGGGUUGAGAUACGUUCCGCGGUGAUAGGUUUUAUUAGAACUAGUGUAAUCCCUAUUCCUAUAUCUUGGAAGAGUGUAUGAUUUGACAAGCUAAUGAAGUAAAAGCCACUGAAUCAACCUAACCGUGAUGUGAUUGAAUCCUUGUAUAAGGAUUUCCUAUGAUGAGAUUAUGUAAUGACUUCCUAUGAUCUGAUAUACAAAAUGUGCAUGUGGAUUAUUAUAUAGUUAUGUGAUGGUUUUCUAUGCGUUUACUAUAUUGAUAUGAUAUUGGAGUGCAUGAUGAAAUGAAUAGAUGUGUGUGUUAUCGAAUGAAAUCUCUUGUGUCGUGAUCUAUCUGUGAUGUGGUAUAUGACAUGUGUUGUGAGACCAUGCUUGAAAAUGACUAUGUAUUGUCGGUUGUUACACUAUGGUAAGUGAUAUGAAUAUGUCUUGGAUGAUAUGAGAAGUACUUCGGGGGUACAACAUCACUCGUUACUAUUUUGGUAUUGAUGUUUGUAUCAGGUUAUUGUUUACUCAUUGAGUGACGUCUCACCCCGUCAAUAUUUUUUUCCCAGAUUCAAAGGGAUCGUGAUAGAAGAAAACAAGUCGGUUGUCGUGAGGUGGAUGGCGGAACUGAACUCUCCACAUGUUUUUAUUCGGUAUACUGGGGGAAGCUUUCCUCCUGAGUCUUUUUUCUAAAUAGAUGUUGUUAAAUACGAAAUGAUUGCUAGUGAUGAUCAAUGGUGGAAGGGUGUUACAUAUUAUAAAAUAACACCGGACUAAAUGACUAAAAUCAAAAAAUUCGUAAAUGCAAUGCUAGCUCUGGAUCUAGAUGAGGGUGGGACUAUGACCCGGGGUGGCCACCCCAUGGAUCCGCCAGUAAAGAUGGAUGUUUAAAGUGUGGUUUAACUUGGAUUUGGAUUCAGAUUUGUAGCUUCUUCAUGUUGAGGUGAUUAUGUUCCUCCGAGACAACGCUUAGCUCCCUUGCGUUCGAGCAUUAACUCGCCCAAGAAACCCUUUACGCAGGAUCGCAAAAUAAUAGAAAUCAAGGAAUCCGACAUUAGAAAUUGGCAGGAGGCAUGUUUUGUUCCUACUAAGUUUGAUGCUCUGGUGGUUGGCUCCAUAACAUGGUUGAACAAAUAUAUACUGUUAAAGGAUAUGAAUUACAUUUGGUAUUUGGAUUUGUGUCAAAUUCAUAAGGUGAUUUUCAAAUACAUGUCUAGUGUAUUACUUGUCAACUUGAAAUACAUUUCAACAACUAGUGAUUUGAAAUACCUCAUAACAAAAGAUUGGACCUAUU